AUGGCAUUUGAACUUUUAAAUUUUAGUCUUCGACGAUUAAUAAAAACCAGCUUAAUAUACUCUAGACGCUACAAUGCUCAACGUUUUCUUAAUACUGUAUCAGUCAAAUCCACAAAUACUCAAAAUGCCACUUCCCAACCAGCUAUUCUCGUAGAAUCAAAAAUAUCGUCUCUUACAAGUGACGCUGACAAAGAAGCUCUUAUUAAGAAUAUAGCUCUUUUACAGAAACCACGUACAAUCUCGUACUUUACUGGUUCACCAUUUUAUAAUGAUCUUAUAAUUCAAUUAGAUGAAUUAAUGGAAAAGUACAAAGACCAUCCAAAGAUAACGCGCGACAAAAAAGAUGCAAAAACUACUUUAUGGAAAUUGAAACACACUCUCGAGAUAGAACUUGAUAUCACGUUAAAAUCUAGCGAAUAUCGAAAAAUAACGGACCGAUUGAACGCAUUGGAUCUUUUAAUACCACAAACUGCACCAAAAGUACGACAAUUUUUAAAAUUGUUUCAGCGAGAUCCCAAUGCGCCGAGUGCAAUUCACGAUGUGAUUAAAGAGCAAAAAGACAAGACCAUUGAUAAUGAUGAUAACACGGAUCAAAAUGAAAAUAUAACCGUUAAUGGAACUAAAAAAAAUAAGUUAACUCUUGAUCAAUAUGGACGAUCUUUUGCUACCGGUAAAAGGAAAAAUGCAUCGGCGCAGGUUUCGUUAAUUAAAGGUGAUGGAAAAGUGUUGAUCAAUGGAAAGACCUUGGCCAAUUAUUUUUUAGCACUGAAAGAUCGUGAAGCUGUUUUAUACCCAUUUGAGGUUACUUCUUGUAUCGGAGACUAUAAUGUUUGGGUUAUUGUGAAAGGUGGAGGUCCGACAGGGCAAGCAGACGCGAUUGCCCAUGGUAUCGCAAAAUGUCUAAUGAUUCACAACCCAGAACUUAAAUCAAUAUUACGAAGAGCAAACCUCGUUGCAAGAGAUCCUCGAAGAGUGGAACGCAAGAAACCAGGUCGAGCCAAAGCCAGAAAAAGAUACACUUGGUAA